UUUUAAACAGCUCAAAGAGCUAAAAAUGGCCUGUGUGCAAUAUGGCCCUACUGCACCUUUUACUCAGGCCAUGUUAGAAUCGCUGAGCAUGGAGGCGCUGCCUCCCGGAGUUUGGAAACAGCUGGCUAAGGCAUGCCUGUCUGGGGGAGAUUACCUCCUUUGGAAAACAGAAUUUUCUGAGCAAUGUCAGAGAACAGCUGAAUUAAAUCGGGCUAAUAGAAAUGAUAUUGAUUAUGACAUGCUGGCAGGAGAAGGGCAAUAUGCAGACCUCACCAGUCAAUCAUUGUUUCCUGCAGGAAUAUAUGCACAGGUCAAUACCGCUGCCAAGCGGGCCUGGCAGAAGCUGCCUUCUACGGGUAGGCAAACAGAAGAUUUAUCCAAAAUUAGACAGGGACCUGAUAAGCCUUUUCAAGAUUUUGUAGCCAGGUUAAUGCAGACUGCCAGUAGAUUGCUGGGAGAUUCCGAUGUGGGAUUGUUGCUGGUCAAACAACUGGCUUAUGAAAAUGCAAAUACUGCCUGCCAAGCAGCUUUAAGGCCAUUUAGAAAGAAGGGCACCAUCUCAGACUAUAUUAGAAUGUGUGCAGAUAUUGGACCUGCCUACACUCAGGGCCUUGCAAUGGCGGCAGCUUUGCAGGGAAAAACUUAAAGAAGUGCUGUUUCACCGACAAAA